CAGGGAGGAAGGAGUAGUUUGAGGACUAGAGUAGGACUGGAAACCGGAAACUGCAUCGAAUGGAGCAAUGGCGAUCUUCAGCGUUUAUGUAGUGAACAAGGCCGGCGGCCUCAUCUAUCAGCUGGACAACUACGCGCCUCGAGCCGAGGCUGAGAAAACUUUCAGCUACCCGCUGGACUUGCUACUCAAGCUACACGACGAGCGCGUUCUCGUUGCCUUUGGCCAGCGGGACGGCAUCCGGGUGGGCCACGCGGUUCUCUCCAUCAAUGGCGUGGACGUGAAUGGCAAGUAUACCGCGGAUGGGAAGGAGGUGUUGGAGUACCUGGGCAAUGCGGCAAACUACCCCGUGUCCAUCCGCUUCGGCCGACCCCGCCUCACGUCCAACGAGAAGCUGAUGCUGGCCUCCAUGUUCCACUCGCUGUUUGCCAUCGGCUCCCAGCUGUCUCCCGAGCUGGGGAGUUCUGGCAUCGAGAUGCUCGAGACAGACACCUUCAAACUCCACUGCUUCCAGACGCUGACAGGUAUCAAGUUUGUAGUGCUGGCAGAUCCUCGACAAGGUGGGAUUGAUUCUCUCUUGCGAAAGAUCUAUGAGAUUUACUCAGACUUUGCCCUCAAGAAUCCAUUCUACUCUUUGGAGAUGCCCAUCAGGUGUGAGCUGUUUGACCAGAAUCUGAAGCUAGCUCUGGAAGUGGCUGAGAAGGCUGGGACUUUUGGGCCAGGAUCAUAGGCCCUCCAGCAAAAACCAAAGCUUGAGAUGGACUCAGCCAUUUUACUAGGAUGGAGAUCCAAAUACCCAUUUCAGAGCACAUCAAGAAGAGUGGAGUCUGAGCAAGAGAGGGCAG